AUCAUUCUGAGCGGAGAUCUGCUGGGACGCAUACUGUUCGUUUGUGAGCUCCUCGUUUGGAACAAUUGGGAUCUUUGUCUCCACUGGUAUUAUUUCUAGUCCUCAAAUUCGACAGCAGGGAGCAACCAUGCCUUUCGGUAACACGCACAACACGAUGAAGAUGAAAUACGCUUCGGAUCAGGAGUAUCCUGACCUCAGCAAACACAACAAUCAUAUGGCCAAGAUCCUGACUCCUGCCAUGUACGAGAAUCUGAGGAGCAAAGAGACGCCCAGCGGAUUUACUCUGGAUGAUGUCAUUCAGACUGGGAUUGAUAACCCAGGCCACCCCUUCAUCAUGACUGUGGGCUGCGUCGCCGGAGACGAGGAGACAUACGAGGUCUUCAAGGAGCUGCUGGACCCCGUCAUCGAGGACAGGCAUGGAGGCUACAAACCCUCAGACAAGCACAAGACUGACAUCAACCCAGAUAACCUGAAGGGCGGUGACGACCUUGACUCAGACUACGUCCUGAGCUCUCGCGUGCGAACAGGCCGCAGCGUCCGUGGCUUCUGCCUGCCACCCCACUGCAGCCGAGGAGAGAGGCGUGCUGUGGAGCAGCUCUCCAUCGAGGCUCUGGACUCUCUGAGUGGAGACCUGCAGGGGAAGUACUACGCCCUGAAGAACAUGUCAGAUGCUGAGCAGCAGCAGCUCAUCGACGACCACUUCCUGUUUGACAAGCCAGUGUCUCCUCUGCUGCUGGCCUCCGGAAUGGGCCGUGACUGGCCCGACGCCAGGGGCAUCUGGCACAACGACAACAAGACCUUCCUUGUGUGGGUGAAUGAGGAGGACCAUCUGCGUGUUAUCUCCAUGCAGAAAGGUGGCAACAUGAAGGAAGUGUUCAACCGCUUCUGCACCGGACUCACCAAGAUUGAGACCCUGUUCAAGGAGAGGAAACAUGAAUUCAUGUGGAACGAGCACCUGGGCUACGUCCUCACCUGCCCAUCCAACCUGGGCACCGGUCUGCGUGCCGGUGUGCACGUGAAGCUGCCCAACUUGAGCAAAAAUGCCAAGUUUGAGGAUGUUCUCAAGAAGCUGAGGCUCCAGAAGCGUGGAACCGGUGGCGUGGACACAGCCGCUGUGGGCGGAGUGUUCGACAUCUCCAACGCCGACAGGCUGGGCUUCUCCGAGGUGGAGCUGGUGCAGAUGGUGGUGGAUGGCGUCAGGCUGAUGGUUGAGAUGGAGAAGAAGCUGGAGAAGGGCCAGUCCAUCGACGACAUCAUGCCCGCCCAGAAGUAAAAACAUCCUGACGCACAUAAAGCUCACACGGCCCUCCCCCUCCUGAAUGAUUGACUCUGUCCCUGAAUGCAUUCUGUAUCACAGUUUGGAUUUUGUUUGUGUAUUUAAGAUGAAACCUGUGAGUAUGGCAAUGAAAUAAAAAAAUGUUCUGGUUCAAAUU